AUGAAGCAGGUCCGCUUCGUCGUGCUUGACCUGGUGGUAGACGAAGACGAGCAAGGUCUGGCUCUAGAAUCAAUGCAAGCCUUCAGGGACAGCACCGUCCGAUGCCUGCGCGAGCUGGCGCACUACAUUGCUGCAACACAUGACAGUACACCCUCGUCAUCAGCCUACUUCCUAUCCCUCAUUGUCGCCACAUCUAGGGAUGAGCCUGCUCAGGCGCUACUCAAGCCACAAAAGUUCAAGCUGGCGGUCUGCCGCCAAGCCAUCGAGGCUUUGGCCAAGUUGAAGCUGAGCGCACGACCCGAUGAUGCCUUGGAGCUGGCUUCCCACUACAUGCAGCAACUCAAGAAGACCCCUAAAGCGCUACGCGCGUUGGAGGUCAAGAUUUCAUACAUCACCCGGGGCUGCCCGGCUGUCUCGCAGCGUUUUGAAGAGGUUCUCAAGGUGCGCGCCUACUUAAACUGGACGAGCUGGACAAUCGAAGACCUACACCACAGCGAGGAAGGCGUUGUCCGCACGAACAACGAGCUCGCCGAACUGUGCGCGCACAGAGGAGUUCGCUAUGCGCAAGAUGUUCAAGUGCUGGGCAACGCCGCGCCGGACCACGGCGACGCUUUGGUUUCCUUCAAGCGAGAAGGACAGUUGCGCUCCCUCAAGCGAUGA